AUAUAUGUAUAUAUAUAUACAAGGACAACCAUAUAUUCCUCCAUAGACACAACUCUUCCAAAUCACUUCUUCUACCUCUCCAAGGAUUCCUUCUCUUGGAGUUCUCUACUAGCUUUCCAAACUAUUCGGCAAAGUUGAAGAAAGUCUAAGAAGAAGAAGGGAUCAUUACCAACGUGGAUCGGUUUGAUAGAGAUCAUGCAGGAGGACAACAAGAAGAUGAAGGUGAAGAAGGGGUUCCUGGCUGUCCAAGUAGGGUUGGAGGAUGAAGACGGAGGAGUCCAGAGGUUCGUGAUCCCGAUAUCGUAUCUGUACCACCCGCUCUUCAGGAAGCUCCUCGACAAGGCGCAUGAGGUCUAUGGUUACCACACGAAGGGCCCGCUCCGGCUCCCUUGCUCGGUGGAUGACUUUCUCCACCUGCGGUGGCGGAUCGAGAGGGAACCGAGCGGCCACCACCACCACCACCAUAGCCACCAUCACCACCCGCACCUGUCUAGUUCUUUGUCUUUCAACUCUUGUCGAUAAUAAUAAUCAAUGUUAUAACCCUUUUUCUGUAUGUGAGAGCAAAGGGGCACUUUAGUUUUUUGCUAGCUUUUUAUUGCCUUUCUAUAUUUCCUUCCAAAAAGAAAAAGAAAACAAAAUAUAAAAAAGAAGAAGAAGAAGAAGGAGAAGAAGAAGAAGAAGAGGAGGAGGAGGGCUGUAUUGAGUCUUCUUAAUUUGCCCCAAUUAAACUUUUCAAUUUCCUACUUUUGGAGGUUUUUCUUUGAGGAAAAUAGCUCCUACUUGGAGUACGUUGAAAGAGUAAGUGAGGAAACAGGAGUUUGCCAACAAACAAGGCACUGUCAUGGUUAUUUUUUUUUUGAUCGAUCGAUGAAUUAGUGAAAAUAUCUGCAUA